AAACAAACCCGUGAGGAGAGGAUACGAGCAGGAGGCUGUGAGGCUGGAGGGUUCCUCUGACAUUUUAUAAUUUUAUACGAUCUUUUGUAAAAAGCUAUUAUUCUUGCUAUCACAUUUGAUAAAACCAACUUGACCGAGACAUUUUUGAGAUCUUCGAACAUUCUUGGUUUGUUCUCGGUGUAGCUUGUUAGCCUCUUUCCUCCUGUUCUUCCACAAAUCCUCUUGAUGAGCAAGUGGAGAUAAAACUACGCUUUAUUUCAACUAGAUAUAAAUUCAACAAAUGUAUCGUCUUCCUUGCGUUUAAAUUGAGAGAUUACCUCGUGUGCCAGAAAACGCUAGGGAAAAAGCGUCCAAAAAGAAGUCAACCGGAAAAUAAUGACCGCUGUCCAGCUCAUAAACAUCCAGAGAUUAUUGGAAGCAGCGGAAUAUUUAGAGAGGAGAGAUCGAGAGUGUGAACAUGGAUAUGCCUCAACAUUUCCCUCAAAUCAAAACACGAACUACCAGCGGCAAAGGAAAUUCAGAAAUAAGAAGUUCAGCAGUAACCACAAUAGGUCGACACAUAAUGAGCUGGAGAAGAAUAGACGAGCUCACCUGAGGCUGUGUCUGGAAAGGUUGAAGGCCCUGAUUCCUCUGGGGCCGGACUGCAACCGCCACACCACUCUGGGCCUGCUCAACAAAGCCAAAGCACAUAUUAAGAAACUUGAAGAGGCGGACAGGAAGAGCCAGUAUCAGCUGGAGUCCCUGGAGCGUGAGCAGAGGCACCUCCAGCGGCAGUUGGAGCUGCUGAGGGGCGGAGUCAGCACCCCCAGCCCUGUGGAGAGUGAGCGGAUACGCAUGGACAGUGUGGGCUCCACCCUCUGCUCCGACCGCUCCGACUCCGACCAAGAGGAGAUUGAGGUGGAUGUAGAAAGCACGGAGUUCUCCCAUGGAGACCUGGACAGUGUGAGCACGGCCAGCACCAGCGACUUGGACGACCACAGCAGCCUGCAGAGCAUGGCCAGUGACGAGGGCUACUCCUCCUGCAGUGUCAAACUUGCCUUUUCCUCCUAGAGUCUGCCCCUCCUCCCCUCUGCCAACACACACCCCCUCGUUUUCUCCUGCCGUACCUAUGUCAACCUCUUCCUGGAUGACAUGGCUAAGCUAAUGGCGCUGUCCUCUCCCUCCCACUCCUAGCUUUAGUCCUGAUGUCCAUGUGAGGCUGCCAACUGAUUUAAACUUCUUUAAAGGGAGAGCAGACACAUGAUUGAUAUGAAGUGAUAAUUUUUAAACCCACACUACUGCGAUGAAUGAUGUUUCCUUUAUUUUGUGUGUACCCCCUGAUUGGAUCCAAAAUGCACUUAAAUUCACGUCAUAGGAGAGUAUUGUGUUGUGUGUGUGCGUGCAUGAGGAUUUGAGGGGUCACUGUCACACUGGCUCAACAACAUGCCAUAUCAACACAUUCCCCUAUAGCCCUUCGUCUGUUUUCUCCUCUGCUCAACACUGCAGAAGCUUGGACACUUAUUGGUGCUAUUGUCAAACAGACCAAUGGGAAAACUCAGAUUCACCAUCAAGCUUUCAAAGCCAACAGCAAGUAUGCAGUGAUUGUUCCAGUCUGACCCAGAGGAAAAACACCACAAAAGCAGAGGAAGGAGGGAGCACUUCUGUUGAAUGUGGCUGGAAACUGUUAUGUGUGUGUGUUUUUGUUUGGUUCCCUUUUCCCUCUACAAGCAGCUACAACAAGCAACCCUGCACUUGCCUACUUUAGAGCUGUCAAUAGAAACAGCACAAAGCGAAAGUUUCAAAGUUUAAAAACAAAACAGCAACAAUCAAAUGACAGACUUUGGAAUACAUGUCCAUCCUCUUUCCAGCAGUAAGAAGCAAUAACUCUUGUCUUUUUGUCAGUUUAACUCCUCAUGUGCAUAUUCCCUUACAAAUACGUGGCCGUCCAAAAAACAAAAUUUCUUGUUUUUGUACAUACAAAUAGCAUAAAAAAUUUUAACAAAAAUGGGUUUUAAAAAUGUUAGAGCUCACAGAUAGAUCUAUUGCCUCUGUUGCUGUUUGCCCUGUGUUAUUGUGCAUUUUCAAUUACAUUUUGGAAAAUUUUAUCUUCAAAGUGGCAUGGACACUAUUAUUUUCCUCUUGAUCGAAACAUUCGAAAGUUAUUCAUUGUGUUGUUGCCCCAAGAAGAAAUCCUUGCUGAAAGUGACUUGACCAGAAGAACUUGAGCUGGAAGAGAUUGUGUGGCUUGUAUUUAUGGAACUGUGAGAUUAAAGGGGGUAAUGGCCACAAAAGGCUUUCACCGGGGUCAGUGCUCAGUGCAGGAGACUGAGGUGCAGAACAAACAGGUGUGUGGUGCCACGGCUGUGCCGUCCAAACACUCACCCUCCACUGGCAUUAAGAGCCCAGUCCCUCUGCCCCACGUGUGGAACAAGAACACCCUCUGAAUAUUUAUUUAUCAUCCCUCACAAAACACAUGAGAAAAUGAGUUAACUUAUUUUGGGUCUUAUUUACUCCUUUGAAUGCAUAUUCCUCAUUCCUUAUUUUAACAAAUGUAUAUUUUAUUGUUUUUGUGGGGAGGGCAAAAAUGUAGCCAUGUUGUUUUCAUUAUUUCUGAUGUUUUAUUCAAUGGACACUUGAAAUGUAAUUGGCCCCUAAGCUGCUCCUAGUGCUGAGCCUCGCCUAGUUAGAGUCACCAGCCUUGUUCAGGGCUAACCCCUCAGUUGUGCCCCUAUGACACAUGCAAAGCUAAAACAUGUAAAAGUCCUAUAACAGUUUCUCUAAAAGCAGGUACAAGGAGAUGCAUAGUGUAAUUUGUCUCAGGGGCUCAGGGGUCUCCUGGAGAAUGGGGCUAACCCAUAGACUUUAAUGGCAAACAUUGAGCCAGCUACUAAACAAUUACGGGGGUCUAAAACUCCACUGUCCUCUAUUAGGAGGACUGUAGUCUCUAUUACACUUGUGUUGUUUCAGUUGACAAAGUGUGUCUUACCUUUUAAUGCCUCGGAUUGAGGAUUUAAAGUAUAAAGAACAAAUUAGUAAAGAAAGACAUAUUAACAUUUUAGGUGUUCUAAUUUAACAGCUCCUCCCGAGCUCUGUUGAGGUUAUUACGACAUGGCAGAGUCCGAAUGUCACCAUUUUGGUGCUCCAAUAUAAAAAAUACAGAAAUGCCAAAACGACCUCAAACACCUCAGUGUCCUCUUUUCUCUUUGCCGGGGACAGUUUACAUGAACUCUGCCCCUUUAAGUUAUUAUUACCUUUCAUCUAUUCUUUAUUCAUUUCUUUGUAUUUCGGGAAACCUGCACUGUUGAAAAGAUAAAGGUCCCACUAUGUUAAAUUAGACGUCUCACCUGAGUCAGACCUUCCAGGCUUGAGUCAGACCGCUGUGACGCUGAACUGAUGCUUGUCCAAAAAUUGUACAGGUGAUAGGCGCUGUUAUCUGUCGUGGAAACAGUGUUGUUAUUUUUUUUUCAAAACGGGUAAAACAGUGUGCAGUGUGUGGGCUCCAUGUACCAGACUACACCAAAGUCAGAAGAGCUGUCGGCUGCACAAUUACUCAGCCAUUAUCUAACCACUGAGGAGUUUGCACGGCUCUAUGCAGCUUUUAUUUGUUGACUGAAUCUCCACACUGCAGCGCAGUCUGGUCCAUCACGUCAGUCACGCGGUCUGAUGAUGGUUUCUGGCUUUGCUGCGAACUCCAAAACAUGGCAUAUCUUCAUGAGCUGGUCACAAAGUGAUACUUUACCUCUGUGUCUAGGAUUAGACGAGUGCUCUGGUUAGUGGGUUAGGGACCGCCCUUGUGCUGGGGUCAAGUUAGUCAAACCCAAAGGGAGUCCUCCUGCUCUCCAAAACCUGUGGCCAUUCUCUGUAAACAUGCACUCUGGUGAUGAUGGUGAUUAGCUGUGUAAGUUGAAGAUGCAAUACUUACAAUAAAACAAGAUUUUCAAA